AUGGGACAGUUAAAGACAAUCUUGAUGUAUCCUGAGAGAACACAUGGGGAGAUAGAGAUGGCAUGCCCAUUUUGUCGUGGUAAUUGCAAUUGCAGAAUAUGCCUCAAGGAAGAUGUAGUUGUGCUUGCUGGUGAUGAUAAAGCAGAUGCAAAUACCAAAUUGCAAAAGUUUCUGUACCUGCUACACAGGACUUUACCUCUCCUCAGGCAUAUUCAACGAGAACAGAACUCUGAAAUCUAUGCAGAGUCAAGGAUCCGUGGUAGCCAGUUGACAGAAGAGCAUGUUACAAAAUCUUUACUUGACGAUGAUGAUAGAGUAUAUUGUGACAGUUGCAGUACAUCUAUUGUUAAUUUCCACAGAAGCUGUCCCAAUCCUGAUUGUUCCUAUGAUCUCUGUCUCACUUGUUGUUCGGAACUCAGAAUAGGACUUAAGCCUGGAGGUGAUGAAGCAGAAUCUUCUCACCAACAAUAUGUUGAAAGAGUAGAUAGUCAAGAUGCACAUGUGCAUGACCAGAUUACUGAAAAUGGAAAAGGAGUUGGUUGCAAGACCCAAGUGUUCAAUCUGGAAAGUAAGUGUACUGCUGAUAUGUCAUGCGAGUUUCCUGAUUGGAGAGCAGAAAGUGAUGGGAGAAUUCCUUGCCCUCCCAAAGAACUGGGAGGCUGUGGUACUGAGAUGCUUGCCUUGAGACGUAUCUUUGAUGCUAACUUCGUUGAAGAGAUGAUUAAGAGUGCCGAGGAACUUACUCUUAACUAUCAGUCACCAGAUUUUAGACUUUGUGAAGAAUGUUCUUUGUGCCAUCAUACCAGUUCCACGGAAAAUGGAUCAAAAGAUUUUGCAGUGAGGAAAGCAGCUUAUAGGGAGAACAGUGAUGAUAACUUCCUGUACUGCCCUAAUGCUCUUCAGUUGUGUGAUGAUGACUCGGAACAUUUUCAAAUGCAUUGGAUGAGAGGUGAACCUGUUGUAGUUAGACAUGUACUUGAAAGGACUUCUGGUCUGAGCUGGGAACCAAUGGUCAUGUGGAGGGCUUUUAAAGGUGCAGAAAAGAUUAUAAAAGAGGAAGCACACAGGGUUAGAGCCAUUGAUUGCCUGGAUUGGUGCGAGGUAGGUGUUCUUUAUUUGCAUGUUGAAGUUGCAUUUUCUGCUUUUGCAAUUGUUGUUUUGCUUAUUACUGACUUUUUCCUCAUUGUGCAAUGCCUUGCCAGUAACAAUAAUGGAGGGCAAAGAAACAAGAGGGUUCUCAGUGUAAUCAGAACAAACUUCAGGACUGGUUUAUGUAAUGGUCCCUUUGCAGAGCACAUGUGUGCGUGUCCAUCAGCCAAGGUUACUAGCUGUUCUGACAGGCAGUUGGGUCAUAUGGUUCAGGUUAAUAUUUUCCAGUUUUUCAAGGGCUAUUUAGAGGGUCGUAGCUAUAUGAAUGGUUGGCCAGAGAUGCUGAAGCUGAAAGAUUGGCCCCCGUCAAAUUUAUUUGAAGAAUGUUUGCCAAGGCAUGGUGCUGAGUAUAUUUCUAUGCUGCCCUUCAGUGAGUAUACCCAUCCAAAAUCUGGCAUUCUGAAUAUGGCUACAAAACUUCCUGCUGUUUUGAAGCCAGAUUUGGGGCCUAAAACUUACAUUGCAUAUGGAUUUGUGGAAGAACUUGGUAGAGGUGAUUCGGUGACGAAACUGCAUUGCGACAUUUCUGAUGCGGAUGCUGCAAUCAUUGAUACCAGAAUACCUGAUGCAUUUUCUUAUCAAGAUUUUUUAAAUGCUUGUCUAGCUUCCUUCAAGUUGAGCAUUUUCGUCAAUGUACUUACUCAUAUGACUGAAGUGAAAGUUCCUCGAUGGCAAAGCAAAAUUAUUAAAAAAAUACAAAAGCAACAUGAAGCUGAAGAUAUGAAUAAGAGUUGUGGUGAGAUAGAGAAAGUGACUCGUAAAUCUGGAAGGAAGCAACGAAAAAGACAGCGGAAAGUUGAGAAAAUGGAUCCUGAAUUGCCUCAAAAAGAUGAAAAUAUCGAGAGUGACUCCUCACUGGAGCGGUUGUAUGUCCAGGAACAGAAACUGGAGGAACAAAGAAGCAUGUGCCAAGAGUUGAGGAAAUCAUUUGGUGUUGUAUGUGGACUAAGAUGUUCUUCUUCAGCCAAAUCUGAGGUGGCUGCUGAUACAAAUUUGGAGGCAGUUGCAAAAAUGAAUGUGGGUAUGAGGUCUGCUGAUUUAAAUGAAAGCGUGAACAGAGAUUGCAUUGAAGAAAAUCACCCCUCAGAGCUUGUGCAUGGUGGUGCUGUUUGGGACAUAUUCCGUCGGCAGGAUGUGCCCAAGCUAAUUGAAUACUUGAAGAGGCAUCAGAAAGAGUUUCGCCACUUCAGUAGUCUACCUGUGAAUUCUGUCAUUCAUCCCAUUCAUGACCAAACCUUUUAUCUAAACAAGAAACACAAAAGGCAGCUGAAGGAGGAGUUCAAUGUUGAACCUUGGACAUUUGAGCAGCACCUUGGUGAGGCUGUUUUCAUACCUGCAGGAUGUCCUCACCAAGUGAGGAAUAGACAGUCAUGCAUAAAAGUGGCCCUUGAUUUUGUAUCCCCUGAGAACGUUCAAGAAUGCAUUCGGUUGACAGAGGAGUUCCGUUUGCUUCCAAAGACCCAUAGAGCUAAGGAAGACAAAUUGGAGGUGAAAAAGAUGGCGCUAUUUGCUGCGAGUGCUGCUGUAACUGAAGCCAAAAAUCUGACUUCUUGA